UAUACUGAACAAGAGCCAAGUUACUUGCUGGCUUGGUUGGUUGGUUGCUUGGCUUGCUUGCUUUCUUGGCAAAGCGGGGGAACGAUACUCUGUUCGAUCAAGAGAAUCAACUACCAGCUAGUCCAUCGUUGAGUUGUCUCUAAGCCAAGUCGAGUGGUUACUCGCGGUGUGCUGCUGGUAUUUUAUAAUUUCAUUACACACCACAAUACCGCAGUAGCUGAAACAACAUCAUCAUCAUCAACAUCAUCAACAAAAACAAUAUUGUUUGAAUAUUAUUAUUAACAAUAUAAAAAUCAAAUAGAGUUGGUCUGUCCAGCUGGUUGCCACGUCGUUGAUGAGUAUCUUAUUGGCUGACUGGCUACUUUCUUUGUAUCAGGACAUGAUUGUCAUCAACAAGAAGGACUACUUUUUCUACCAAUAUUUAUAUUUAAUUUAUAAAUAAUUAAUUAUUAAUCAACAUUUGCAACUUUGUUGCUAUUUUUAUUGAGAAAAGUGCAAGGUGCAAAUAGUUUUGUAUAAAUUUCAAUGAUGAAGUUAUUGGCUGAUGUUGAAGAGCUCAGUGAAGAUACAACUAAAAAACGAAAUACUGUUCAAUCGAAAAAUAAUAAUAAUAACAAUAACAGUUGUAGUAACAAGAGUUGCAGUAAUGAUAGUCAAAAUAAUAACAACCACAAUAAUACCAACAAUAACAACAACAACAACAACAAUAAUAAUAAUAAUUUUAAUGAUGAUACUAAAGAGUUAUUAGGAGUUAAAAAAAUUCGAAAUAAUAAGACUGCACAUGUACGUCCAAAAAAUCCAGCAGAAUCACCAAUAAAAGGUGAAGUUACACUUGAAGAUGAAGAAAAAAUGCGACGUUUGCUUCCAAUCACUGAGGCACCAGAAUAUUUAACACACAAUCAAUUUAUUUUACAUGGUUACAGAGGAUAUUUGACAACUAAAUUAUGCAUUGAAAGUGUAUUUUGGUGGACCAAUGAGACAAUAAACAUAUGGAGCCAUAUAUUUGGCUGGAUGCUUUUUUUAGGAUUGACACUCUAUGAUCUUUGUCUAUUAAAUAUUCAUGCACCAUUUGGAGAUAAAAUUAUUGUCGCAUUAUUGCUCGUUUGUUUUCAAGCUUGUAUGAUAUUGUCAUCAGUUUAUCAUACAUUUUCAUGUAGAAGUGAAAAAGAUUAUUGGUGUUUUUUAUGCUAUGAUUUAUUUGGUAUUGCUUUGAGUCUUUUGGCAAUCUACAUGUCUGGUGUUUAUUAUGCAUUUUGGUGUCACAAGGAACUUCAACAAUUUUAUUUAUCAACUGUAUUGUUAAUAUUUGUAAUAGCAAUGAUAUUACAAAUACCAAGUUUAGAAGUCAAUGGAAAUGUUAAAUUAUUGGUGUUUGUUGGAUGGGCAGCUUAUGGUGUUUUACCAACAUUUCAUUGGGGUAUUGCAAUGGGUGGAAUGGAAAAUCCAAUGGUCAACAUGCUUGUACCAAGAGUUUUAGGAAUGUAUGUCAUAAGUGGUUGUGCAUUUGCCAUAUACAUGAGUAAAAUACCAGAACGUUGGUAUCCAGGUUCUGUUGAUUAUAUUGGAUCAUCACAUCAAUGGUGGCAUUGUUUAGUUGUAUUGGCUCUUUAUUAUUGGCACAAUACUGGUAUGUUGUAUGUCGAAUAUCGAAUGAAUCAUGGAUGUCCAAAUAAUAUGAAAUUAUAAUAGCUAAUGACAUUACUUUAUUUAUUUUUUAUUUAUUUAUUUCAAUAAUUAAUUGUUAUUUCAGUUGUUAAUUCAUUACCACUUUAUUAUGAAUAUAUACAAACUUCAAUUUUGUGUAAAUGAUGAUGUUGAUGUUGAUGAUGUUGAUGAUGAUGAUAAUAAACCAUUGUGUUAAUUAAAGAAUAAUAGUUACACCUCAGAUUUAGACUUGGCCACUGGCUGGCUAGAUAUUAACAUAAUUGCUAAUAUUUUUUAACAAAAUAUCUUAAUAAUUCGUACGUAUUUAUUUUAUUCAUAGAUAUAUAAAAUUAAAUUUAUUUUGAGCAAGCAAUAAUAAUCUACAGUAAAUGGGUAAUUUCAAUUUUAUCAAAAGUUAUUUAUACUGUUAUUUAUUUGUUUACUUUUAAAAUAAAAUUAAUAAAUUUUAUUACAAUUGCUUUUUUGUUUUUGUGGCCCUUGAAUGUAUAGUGCCUUAUAAAUUUGUUAUUUACGAUCAACUACUUUUUAUUUUUUCCUCAAACUUUAUAUUUCAUCAGCAAAAACAAUAACUUUUUUUAUUCAGUAUAAAAGUCUUGUAAGAAUUUAUGCAGAUAGGUACUUAAUUAAGCUGGUAUUUUUAACAAGUAAAACAUUUACUAUUUUUUAUAGCUUUUAUAAAAUAUAUAUCAUAGUUUCGUGGUGUAUUAUUUCUUGACCCUGCAACAUGAUAAAUUAUAUUAAUAUAUUUUUCGCGAGUAAAGUUGGCUUGAUAAGGCUAAAUCAAUAAAGUUGUGAAUCAUCAAAAUAUAUAUUUGUACAAUUAUUGUAAAUUGAAUGAUGACAAGUGUUGAGUCAACAUUAAUAUGCUAAUCUUAUUUUAUUUUUUCACUUGACAUUAUUAUAAAUUAUUAUAUAUUUUUUAAAAAUAUAUAUUGAGUCAGUAAAAUAGACGACAAUA